GAUAUACCGGACACACACCGGGCGGACUGUGACUGACACCGCGGGGGCCGGGCUCUCACACCGGGACACAGAGCGCCCACCGAGGCUCACAUCGGGCCCCACUCUCCGGCUGGCUGUGGCGGGGGCCGGUCCGGCCCGAGCCGAGGAGCUGUUACUGCUGCUGUCCGAGGAAGAGGAGGCUGCUGUCCCGGGGCCCCCCCGCCCGGCCACCCCGGGCCCCGCUCCAGCCUCCUGCCUCGGGGACAUGGAUCAGUGCGUGACGGUGGAGAGGGAGCUGGACAAGGUGCUCCAGAAAUUCGGGGGGUAUGGACAGCACUGCGAGAGGAGCCUGGAGGAACUGAUCGAGUAUGCGGGGGGACUGAGGAGAGAGAUCCUGCAGGCAUCAGAUCAAGAUGGGGAGCUGUCUGGAACAUUAUCUCUUGUGCUCACACAAUGCUGUAAAAGGAUAAAAGACACUGUACAGAAACUGGCUUCAGAUCAUAAAGACAUUCACAGCAGUGUAUCCCGGGUGGGGAAAGCCAUUGAUAAGAAUUUUGAUGCGGAUAUCAGCAGUGUGGGGAUUGAUGGCUGCUGGCAGACAGACAGUCAACGGCUUCUCAAUGAGGUGAUGGUAGAGCACUUCUUCCGGCAGGGGAUGCUGGACGUGGCUGAAGAGCUCUGCCAGGUACACACCACAAAGGAAGCUGGCCUUUCUAUAGACUCGAGCCAAAAAGAACCAUUUGUUGAGUUAAACCGAAUAUUGGAGGCAUUAAAAGUCAGAGUACUGCGGCCAGCCCUAGAGUGGGCUGUAUCAAACAGAGAAAUGCUGAUGGCUCAGAACAGCUCGUUGGAAUUCAAAUUGCACAGAUUAUACUUUAUUAGUUUAUUGAUGGGUGGAACCACCAACCAGAGGGAGGCACUGCAAUAUGCCAAAAACUUUCAGCCCUUUGCUUUAAAUCAUCAAAAAGAUAUUCAGGUGCUUAUGGGCAGUCUUGUGUACCUGCGACAGGGUAUUGAGAACUCUCCGUAUGUCCAUCUUCUUGACGCAAAUCAGUGGGCAGACAUCUGUGACCUCUUUACCCGGGAUGCUUGCGCUCUGCUUGGUCUCUCUGUAGAAUCACCUCUCAGUGUUAGCUUUUCAGCCGGAUGUGUGGCCCUUCCUGCCCUUAUUAAUAUAAAGGCUGUAAUUGAACAAAGGCAGUGCACUGGUGUAUGGAACCAGAAAGACGAAUUACCAAUUGAAGUGGACCUUGGUAAGAAAUGCUGGUAUCAUUCAAUAUUUGCCUGUCCCAUCCUUCGUCAACAAACUACAGAUAACAACCCUCCCAUGAAGUUAGUAUGUGGACACAUUAUAUCCCGAGAUGCUCUGAAUAAAAUGUUCAAUGGCAGCAAAUUAAAAUGCCCAUAUUGCCCUAUGGAGCAAAGCCCAGGAGAUGCCAAACAGAUCUUUUUCUGAAGAAGGGGAAUUUUUUUUUUUUUUUUCUUUUUUCUGGUGACCUCAUGUUUUUUUGUAGUGCAUUAGAAAGCUGGAGAAAGGAUUGGUUUUUUUUCUUUCUUUUCCAUAUACAGGAGACCAUGGUUGCCCCUGAUUUUGGUUUUGCCAGAAUGGUGCCUAUAGUGUGAUCCCAUGAAUGUCAUGGGAUUGAAGGCUUGUUGAAGCUGGUCAAUAUUGCGUAGCUACGGUCUCUGAACAUGACCACAUGCGCCACACAGCAGUGGUCAAACAAUGCAGGUUUUUUUGUACUUACAAGCAAAAGAUAAUGUAACUUUUUAUUGAGAAAUUUCAGAAAUCACCCUGUUCUUAAUUAUUCUGUUCUUAUCUUGUAUUAUUAACUGUCAAUAUACGGACAUGUUGUGAGUUAUAUUCUCUUGUAUGGUGUGUAUAUAACUAAACAAUCUACAGAGAAAUAUGAUAAAGCCCAUAGUGCAUAUAGAAAUUUAACUUGUAUUUUUUUCAGCUAAGAUAAAUGGCUGUAAUAUCCAGAGUUUUUCUUUCAAAGAUCUUUUCCUGCUGUACUUAACACACACACAUUGUAAAUAAAAAAGACCCACUGUCUAUAAUAAAAAAAAGAAAAAGGAAAAAAAAAAGAGUGCAACAGUUUGCUGCUAAAAUAAAAAUGGGAGGUUAUAUUGUGCUUUAAUUAUUACAAAAUGUUUGUGUGAUCAGAAUAUUAAAUAAAGUAAAAUUCUUA